AUGCCCGCGCGCAAAAAGGUUAAAACACAUACAGAUGCAUCUACUGGUGUUGCGAGAACUAGCAAGGACAGGGGCAAGCUCACAACUCGCCGGAAAGCUGUUCGUGGUCGCAGAGGAGGCCUCAGGGAUAUGCCUGAUAUGCCGCUGGACGUCUUGCUUGAGAUAUUCGGCUUCAUGCACCCGAGAGAUCUGCUGGCUCUGGCACGAACGGACAAGGCAUUCCGCGCAUUUCUCAUGACCAGGAACGCACAGACUUUGUGGAGUGCUGCAUUGGAGAGUGUGGAAGGUCUCCCCAGGUGUCCGUCCUACAUGAGCGAGCCCGCCUAUGUCAAUCUCUUGUUUUGUAACCAUUGUCAUAAUUGCUUGAAAAACAACGUGCGAGUCGUCCUUUUCCAGUAUGCUGCGCGCUAUUGUCCUGCCUGCAGGGAACUCAUGUUUACGGAUGAGUCCGAGUAUCUCGUAUUCUUCAGGACAGUAGGCUCAGUCACUAGUACUGGGCCGUUGCCCACAUACAUUCACUUGAUCGCCGAAGCGGGCCACAUGGUUGUCCAUAAACCACAGCUUGCCGAGUUCCAGACACGCUGGGAACAGCUCGACGACGUAGCCGCCAAGAAAGGAUUGAUACUUCAGUUCGAGGCCAAGAAGAACCUCAUUCUCGAGGCGUCGAACGAGUACUAUUCCUGGGAGUGUCACCAGAAAGCUAAGAGAUCGGAUGAACUUGACAAGAUUCGAGCCGCGCGAGUCCAAGCCAUUCGAGACCACCUGCGUGAAAUGGGGUGGGAGAAGGAGAUCAGUUACAUGGCGACACAUCAAUAUCUGGGAUUCGACUUCGAGCGGCAGAAGUUUGCAACUCGAUCUGAGGCUCUCACCAAUCGCGUUUGGCACAAAAUCCAGGGGGAUGUAAUCACGUUCGUGAAUGGUGUCCGUACCCAACGCAUUGCCGAAGAACGCAAGAUCCUGCUGCACACUAGAUUCACUGUUCUCGCGAAAGCUGUCAGCAGAUACCAAGGCCCAGAUGCGAAACGCGAUCGCAGCUCUGACUUCGAACCGCAUCUUAAGGACUUCAUGUUCAUGCCGGAGUUCCACGAGCUGUUGGACGCACCAAGCUCGGCAGGUCUGUCAAUUCUGGAUGAUCCCAGGCAAUUGCGCGAUAUGUUCGGUGCUGGCAUCGCGGCCUGGAAAAAAGCCCGCAAAGACGAGCUAUCCGCCCUGGUAGCGCCGUCAUUGUUGGAAGACGAGUCCGAUCCUCUCGCCCUUGCUUUGACCGUGUUCCGCUGUAAAGGCUGCCGCCGCUGCGCCCUCAGGUACCCCGAAGUACUUGUGCAUCACUGCCAGCGGAGGUUCUACUGGCGUUACAUCCCCAGUUGGCGCACCGGAAAUGUCGGCGAUGUGUAUAGGCACGCCGUCGCAACGUAUGGGCAUUUCUACCGGUCGCAUUGGGAGAUAAAUCAGCACCUCACCGCCUCUACCGAAGCCAUAUCCUUCCUGCGACCUAUUCUCGAAGCCUGCGGGGUGAAUCCGGACACAGCGACUCGCCGGGAAGCCGAUGAGUGCGGAGCGAGGUUGAUUUGUCGACAAUGCGAGGACGUUACUCUAGAUUUUAAUGUCACGAUCAACAUGGACGAUUCCGUUGAUGGCGCGGAGGAGAGUUCGUACUGCGUCUUUGACUGGUCCGGAGCACUGAACCACUGCAUUCAAGGUAUGAGCUGGGCAGUGCUAGAUAUCACCAUGGAACACGAGUGGGAACGUGUCUCCGAGGACGAAGCGGCAGUCAUUUAUCGGCUCGAAGACGAACUCCGUAGCCGGGAUGACCAUUCUGACCGGAAUCUCUUCCUCCACAACUGCUCCUAUUGCGAGUACAUCGGGAGCCGCGACAUCAUGCCCCAGCAUUUGAAGAAACGCCAUGAUCGCGAGGUGACCAUAGCUGAAGUGGACGAUCAUUGCUACAUCGGUUCUGACAAGGAGCCGAAGCUACCCACGAUCGUUUUGGAGCGUCACAACGCUGAUGGGACGUUCCAGGUGAAUUGCCGCAAGGAUAGUAAUGAGCUGGCGGACGUGAUGGUUCUCCCUGGUCUCGAGAUCCUGACUUCACCGGAUGAGUUCCAAUCCGAUACAGACGAAGAAGACUAGGUUUUCGUACGCUCGACCUGAGCCGGAGUAGAGACAUUCGCCGUCGU